GGAGCUUUGUUUGAGUGGAAGGCCGGUGAGUAAGCAGUUCACUCCCACACUGCCCUUGGGGACUUUCCGAAAGUGAAAGUUAGCGCAGAAGUUUUAGGGGAAAAAUGACGUUUCCUAAGAACAGAGGUUUUGCAGAAGUGUAAUGCCAUAGUUGAAAUGUCCGGCCAUUUCCUGUAGAAGCACGCGCAGCUGUGUGACGGUGGAGUCAUGCUGAAGUGGAGUGUGUUAGUGUAUGUGGUCGGGGUGAUGGUGGCUCUGCUCCACCUGCAUUACACACACAGACGGAUGCUGACGGAGCUGCAGAGCGUCAGGACCGAGUGCAGCAACUUCUACUGCUCCUACUGCUGCUUAGGGACCUCUGUGACGCUGGCGUGUGGGAGCAGCAGAGGAAAAAGAGACGUGUCCUCACAGAGAAAACUGAGACAAAAGAGACAGACAGAACAGCGCACAUUUCUGCACCUGGUUCCUGCCUCCACAUACUCGUACGAUGAACGUGAUACGACCGUUCUUUCCUGGGCAGUUGGGCGUAGCCAGGGGGCGGGGCUUCAGGUAUCCGGGGAGUCCAUCGUCGUGGUGACCGAGGGCUCGUACUUCAUUUACAGUCAGGUACUCUAUAAGGACCCCACCUGGGUGAUGGGUCAUGUGAUCACCAAGCGGCUGAAGGGGGCGGAGACUAAACUGAUGAAGUGCCUGAAGAGCAUGCCCAGUAACGUGAGCGUGCCUCUCAACACGUGUUACACUGCAGGCAUUCACUUCCUGGAGUCAGGGUCAGUUCUGGAGCUUUCUGUCCCGCGGCAAUCAGCUGAACUCGUCAUCUCGGCUCAGGCCACCUUCAUGGGGAUCUUCAGUAUCUGAGCUUCGGCCUUCGCACGCAUGUGUGUGUGUUUGUGUGUGUGUGUGUGUGUGUGUGUGCGCGCGCGCACUUUCAGUAGUGAGAACAUUUCUAAUGAGAAGGAAAUUAAGGAAAGUUCACAGGAAGGUUAUAACUACUACAAAAGACUUUAAUCACACUUGCGCGCACACACGCACACACAGAGCCCUCUAUUUUUCUUUCUUGCAUGCAGUUAGUAGAAACACCCAGUCACACACACUCUCUCUCUCUCUCUCUCUCUCUCUCUCUCACACACACACACACACACACACACACACACACACACACACUGUAUUUCUGACAGUAAUUCACCUCUGUAAAGAAUUUGUACUUUUUUAUCUGCUGCUCCAUUUUCGAGGCGAUGGAGACACCCAGUGGACAAAUAAGGAACUACAGAAACAACAAUCAACAAUGAUAUCAUCACAUCAUGUUAUCCUGUAACACAUGAAAUAUCUUUUUUACUAAACUGAGCAGUCACCUGUGAUCAUGUACAUUUUUUUUAUUUUCUUACGUGAUAAUGUUUUUUUUUUUCAUCAGACUUUGACCUGAUAAUUAAAUGUUUAAAUGUCCUGAUUUUUAAAUUUCCUCCUGAACAAAUAUGACACAAUGAUUUGUAAAAUCUAGACAAAUUUGUACGUUGGUUUCAAUAAAACACAACACCAGA